CGCCUGGGCGGGGGCGCGUUCGGCGAUGUCAUCCUCGGAGAGCACCUCCCCACCGGCGAACUCUGCGCGUUGAAGCGCGUCCCCAUCCGCGAGUCCCCGCCGGGUUUGGACGACGCGUUACCCGCGAACGUCAUCAGCGAGCUGCAGUGCAUGCGGAUGGUCUCGGGGGAGCGCAACGUGGUCCGUCUGAUGGACCACUUCGCGUCGGGAAGAGCGCUGGUGCUCGCCAUGGAGCUCUGCGAGCGAGGGGACCUGGCCACCGCGCUGGGACACGACUUCGGAGACGAACAAGGCGACCGGGCGGCAUCCACGAGCCGUUCCCCGCUGUCGGACGCGUGUGUCAAGUCCCUGAUUCACCAGGUGCUCUCGGGCGUCGCGGCGUGUCACCGGCUCGGGGUGCUACACCGCGACGUCAAACCCGGCAACGUGCUCAUCCACGCGAGCGGCGUCCUGAAGCUCGCAGACUUUGGACUCGCCGCGGCGGCGGCAAACGCGCGUCCGAAGGCGGCGGGUGCGACGGGGGGAACGCCGCCGCCGAACGACACCGCCAACGCCGACGCUAACGACGACGACGACGGCCUGGUGCACCACGGGUCGUACACUCGCGGCGUCCAGACGCGUUGGUACCGAUCGCCGGAGAUUCUCUUUGGCGCCGCCGAGUAUUCCGCGGCCAUUGACGUCUGGUCCGUCGGCGCCAUCCUCGGCGAGUUACUGUCCGCGAAAGGUCCCAUCCUGCGAGGCGAGAGCGACAUCGACCAGCUCGCGAGGACGCUGAGGGCGUUCGGGACGCCGUCGGAGACGAGGUGGCCCGGCGCGUCGGCGCUGCCGGAUUACGGAAAAAUCUCCUUCGACGUUUUCGAACCCGCGCCGAGGUCGGAGGUUGUCCCGGAGAGCUCCGAUCGUUCGGGCGCCGCGACGGAUCUGAUGUACCGGAUGAUGGUGUUGGACCCGAAGCUUCGGGUGACGGCGGCGGGGGCGUUGGCGGACGCGUGGUUCGAGGCCGAGCCCGCCCCU